AUGUCUCAAUCUAGAGACAGUUCUCCAGCCUCUGACGACCCAGAUGCAAUAGCAGCGCAAUUGUUAGCGCAGUUCCAGAGUGCAUCCUCUCGCAUGACUCCCGCCAUCGCAACAAAGGGCUCUGAAAAUGCCCUUCAGUCAGUGCAACAGAUCACUGGAAACUCAGAAGAAACACCAAUAUCUUUUGAGAUCGUCGUCCCAGUGGUUAACAACUCUGAGGACUAUGAGUAUUUGCCCGGUCACUUUGAGGUUCAUCACAUUCUUGCAGUCGAUAUGCAUGAGCCGAAGCUCAUUGUGAGGCUCAGAAGUGGUGAACGUGAGACUAUGACCAUCAAGAAACUGAAAAGCCUCGAGAACGGGCCGGAGGCUUUGCGUGAAUUCAACCGUGACUCACAGAGCCCUGAUCCCCUGGCAAUGGAUGAUGAGCCCAUUUCACAUCUCAUUUACUCAGGUGGAGAUGGUCCUGGAGACUAUGAUUCAGAUAUGGAUUGGGGAAUAGCACGAAGGCGCCAACGACGUGGGCCCCAAAUCUCAUACGAUCACUUCUUCCGCACUGGCGACGAGGAUGAUGAUGACGACUAUCAAAGCCGCCGUGAAGACAGCAGCGUGGACAUCGAAGACUCAGAGGAGUCCAGCAAUGAGGAUGAAGAUGAUCCUCCAACCAAACGCCGCCACCUCAGAAGAGGUGUACAGAAGGGCCGAAAGCAACGCACUCGCGAAUGGUCUGAACAGUCUUCCGCCUCCGAUACAGGCAAACGAGCAUCGUCCCGCCUGCGAAACACUCGUCGACGCAACAUGAAAGAGCGCCUUGAAGAUGACAAAUAUUCCGAGCCCGAGGCUGAGAAACCCAAGCAACAAAAGUUCUCAGGCGCGCGGGAGCAAUUCCGUGAACUGCCACAUGACAAUGAGUUCAGACAGUGCCACUCCCAGUCCUGUGCCCAAUGCGGCUACGGAGACCAUGACCUUGAAAAAGGGUCUUUGGUCUUCUGCCAAGGUUGUACUGUCGCAUACCAUCAAGGUUGUCUUGGCGAUCGAAGUAGCCGAAAGCACUUGGUCACCAAGGUUGACGAAGGGGAUUUCAUUCUUCAAUGCAGUCAGUGUUUGGGAAUCAAGCACCAAGAGCAUGACAUGAGGCCUCAUUUGGGCCACUGUGCUGUGUGCAGAGACGAAGGACCCAUGUCGCAACCCUUGCGGGAGACCCUUUCUUCCCAGACUGAGCAACAAUUGCGGGAAGCCAAUGAUGGCAUCGAUCCGAUUACGCACGUGGAUAUGUCCCGUGUCAACAAUAUUGACAAUGUCCUCAUCAGAUGCCUUGGUGGCAGUCAGAGCUGCAAGCGAGCUUUCCAUCUUCACCAUCUCCCCAACAUAACUGAGAAUAAUCGUGCCGAUAUUGAUCCUGAUUACUGGCAAUGCAACGAAUGCUCUGAAUCUCCCUCUGGAAAAACCCCAAUUCAAGCCAUCGUUGCCUGGAGACCGAAGAAUGCCGAUGUCAAAGUCGUCCCGCACUUGGUUGAAAUGACCCCGGAGAUCGACAAAGAAUAUCUUAUCAAGUGGAAUAAGAUGUCCUUCUUCCGUGUCACCUGGUUGACUGGAGACUGGGUCUGGUCCAGGGCUGCUGCCGUCCAGAUGAAAGCGUUCCUCAAAUCAGACAGAUCUACCAAUCCCAUCAUGAGAACAGCCGAGGCUGUCCCCGAAGACAAUCUGCGAGUGGACAUUAUCUUUGAUGUGGAAUAUCAUAGCGAGCCCGAAUCCCCAGAGGAUCGAGCAAACACCGAGAUGGUUAAGCGGGCAUAUGUCAAGUACAAAGGGUUGCCCUAUGAGGAUUCAGUCUGGGAAGAACCCCCAAGUCAGACUGACACAGCUUGUUGGGAGGAUUUCCGAACUGCUCUUCUCGACAGGGUGCUUCGAGAGGAUAUUCACCCCCCGAGGCCGAAAGAACUUCAACGCCGUCUCAGAGAUGUCCGCAGAGAAGAGUUUGACAACAGCCUUAUUCUGACUGCUCAGCCUGCGUUGGUAACCGGUGGUAAACUCAUGGAUUAUCAGAUGGAUGGCGUGAACUGGCUGCUUUACAUGUUCUUCCAGCAAAAGAGCGCUAUUCUUGCUGACGAUAUGGGCCUUGGAAAGACAAUCCAGGUCAUCACAUUUUUCUCGGCAUUGAUCGAAAAGCUAGACUGUUUCCCGUUCUUGGUCGUUGUUCCGAACGCGACUGUGCCAAAUUGGCGCAGAGAGAUCAAGAGUUGGUCACCAGAUGUUCGGGUUGUCACUUAUUAUGGCAGUGCUUUGGCUCGCGAAAUGGCCAGGGAACACGAGAUGUUUCACAAGAAUGGCACUCUGUGCUGCCAUGUGGUCAUUGCUUCGUACGAAAGCAUGACUGACGAUGGGGGUAAGCGGGUUCUGUCCAGUGUCAAUUGGGCCGGCUUGGUCGUUGAUGAAGGUCAGCGCCUCAAGAAUGACAAGUCCCAACUCUAUGAGCGGCUCCGUCGCAUGAAAUUCGGUUUCAAGCUGCUGCUCACUGGUACGCCCCUUCAAAACAACAUCAGGGAACUCUUUAAUCUGGUUCAGUUCAUCGACCCAGCUUACAAUGCCGAGGAAUUGGAGGCUCAAUACGGAGGAGCCCUCGACAAGGAAGCCAUUCGCGAGCUCCACGACAUGAUUCGACCAUGUCUCUUGCGUCGAACCAAGGCAGAGGUUCUGCCGUUCCUCCCCCCGAUGGUACAAAUUAUCAUUCCGAUUUCGAUGUCCGUUGUGCAGAAGAAGCUGUACAAAUCAAUCCUUAAAAAGAACCCGCAGCUCAUCAAGGCUAUUUGCAAGAAGCAAACCGGGCAGUUGAAGAAAGCAGAGCGCCACAAUCUGAACAAUAUCCUCAUGCAACUGCGGAAGUGUCUUUGCCACCCGUUCAUUUACAACCGGGACAUUGAAGAGCAAACCGCAGAUCCCCAGCUUUCCCAUCAGCGCUUGGUCGAAGCAUCCGGAAAACUUCAGUUGUUGAACUUGAUGCUGCCUCGACUUCGAGAGCGUGGACACCGCGUUCUCAUCUUCAGCCAAUUUUUAGAGAAUCUCAACAUUGUUGAAGACUUCCUCACUGGAAUGGGCCUCCAGUACUGUCGCCUGGAUGGAAAUUUGUCCUCACGAGAGAAACAGCAACAGAUCGACCAGUUCAACGCGCCGAAUUCCCCAGUUUUCGCCUUCUUGCUUUCGACGCGGUCGGGUGGUGUUGGUAUCAACCUCGCCACUGCCGACACAGUCAUCAUCAUGGACCCGGAUUUCAACCCAAAGCAAGAUAUGCAGGCGUUGUCGCGUGCCCAUCGAAUCGGGCAAAAGAACACAGUUCUUGUGUUCCAUCUGGUAGUGCGUGCGUCAGUGGAGGAAAAAAUCAUGCAGAAAGGUAAAACCAAGAUGGCGCUUGAUCACGUACUUAUUGAUCGCAUCGAGGCCGAUGAAGAUGAAGAAGACCUGGAGUCAAUCCUCAAGCACGGUGCUCAGGCUCUUUUCAAUGAUGAUGACUCGGCAGACAUCACGUACGAUACCCCCUCCAUUGACAAGCUGUUGGACCGUAGCCAGGCUGAGCAGGCCGAGCAAGUGGCCAACGAGGGAAGUUCGAACCAGAAUGAGCAGGGGCAGUUUAAUUUCGCCCGUGUGUGGCAGAAGGAUCAAGGUAGCCUUGAAGAAGUGACUGAGACCGAGGACACCCCUGUGGAUGUUACAGCGUGGGAGAAGAUUCUGCAGGAGCGUGAGCGUGAGGCACUGGAGGAAGCUAACCGUCAAGCUGAAGGUCUGGGACGUGGUAAAAGAAAGCGUGGUGCGCCCCGCUACAAUACCAUCAUCGACGGGGUCGACGACGAUGAGAACCCUAGUCCCAUCCGACAACCGCCUACCAAGAUGCGCAAGGCGGCAGCCGAUAAUGACUAUGAGUUCCAGCAGCCAGAUGGAGAUGAGACUGAGACUGGGUCGGAACACGAAGCUGAGCCCCUGCACACUGUGGAUGGUGGAGUUAUGCCAAUGGGCACAGCGUUUGAUGGGGACAAGACAGAGUCAGACCCUGCAGCCACAAUGGGUAUUGUAAAGGAUGUCGCUGUUGGCCCUAAUGUGUAUGCUGAACAGCGAGCAGCCCGCAUGUUCCGCCGCGUUCAAUCCCCACCUCCGGUGACGCCAAUGGGCACCAACGGCACCCAAGAUACUUUCCCGCCUUGCGUGGCAUGCCAACAACAUCACAUCCCUGGACGUUGCCCACUCCACCACGCCGGUGUCGAGUUCUGUGGCCUAUGUGGUCUGGCGCACUGGGGAGUUCGCCGGACCUGUCCCCAUAUGCAGUCAGGCGUGCAGGUCACCCGCAUGCUGGAGGCGCUAGAGAAGAGCACAGAAGCCCCAUCCCUCGUCUUGAGCGCUAAGAAAUACCUUCAGGGUAUUCUCAAAUCGGUUGCGCGGACCGCCCGAGAUGAGCGGAAGAAGGCCUCGCUUUCCGCUCAGGCGGGGCCUCAGGUUCAGCUCACCUCUACCUCAGUUGGCGGGGUGAGCUGUGCCAAUGUCAUUGAUUUAACAGAAGGAAGUGCUGAGUCGUAG